AUGCCUGAAAUUAACUUGAACGAUGAAGUGAAGAAACGACACAUUGUCAAACCAAUAGAGGUGUUUGAUCCUGACACGAUCGAUUGGCAAUGUCCUUUUUGUGCACCACCCGCUUUGAGCUUCAAGUUGCCACCUAAAGACGAGCCCGCAAAGAGAGAACAAGUCAAAGUGAUCAUAUCAGCCCACUUACAACAGCAUCGACAAGACUUAUUACAAGCCCUUAAUGAACGAACCAAGGGCAAGAUGAAGAUUGGAGAAGAUAGGACAAGGGCGUCAUUGUUAUGGAUCGAUUCAACCAUUCCUGAUUAUGCUGCAUUCUACGAUUGUUAA